AUGAUAUCAUCACAUUCUUCAGACCCAGCAACCCGGAAACUCCUCCUCCAAGCAACCAAGAACCGCAUCCAACAGAACCCAGCAAUGGAGUCACCUCAAACCAGGAAAUCGGGGCUCAACCUCCCCACCGGGAUGUCCGAGACACUGCUCCGCCUCGAUUCCGUUUCGGGUUCUUUUCGUGCGGUUUCGAGCCUCUCAGCGUCGCCGGGUUCUUGUCGGGCGAUUUCGAACCUGUCCUCGCCGUCCAAGUCCUCGACUUGCAGCGACAGAUUCAUCCCCUGCAGAUCCUCGUCGCGGCUUCACACGUUCGGGCUCAACGAGAAGGCCUCGCCGGUGAAAGAAGGAGGCAACGAGGCGUAUGCCAGGUUGUUGAAAUCGGAGCUUUUCGGGUCUGAUUUCGGGUCUUUUUCUCCUGCAGGUGGCGGAGGUGGUGGUGCAGCGUCGCCCAUGAGUCCCAGCAAGAACAUGUUGCGGUUCAAGACGGAGAACUCGGGCCCGAACUCGCCUUACUCGCCGUCCCUUCUGAGAAAUGACAGUGGGUUUUCCAGCGAGACUACGCCUCCCAAGCCUCCUCGCAAGGUCCCCAAGACACCCCAUAAGGUUCUGGAUGCUCCGUCACUACAAGAUGACUUUUACUUGAACCUUGUGGACUGGUCCUCCCAAAAUGUCCUUGCAGUUGGACUGGGCACCAGUGUUUAUCUCUGGAGUGCAUCAAACAGCAAGGUGACAAAACUGUGUGACUUGGGGCCUAAUGACGGCGUGUGCUCUGUCCAAUGGACACGGGAGGGUUCAUACUUGUCGAUUGGCACAAGUCUUGGUCGAGUUCAGGUUUGGGAUGGGACGCAGUGCAAGAGGGUCCGAACAAUGGGCGGGCAUCAAACAAGGACCGGAGUCUUGGCGUGGAACUCGCGCAUAUUAGCUUCAGGGAGCCGAGAUCGGAAUAUACUUCAACACGACCUUCGAGUCCCAGACAACUAUAUCAGCAAGCUUGUUGGCCACAAGUCUGAGGUAUGUGGGCUGAAAUGGUCCAACGAUGACAGGGAACUUGCAUCCGGUGGCAAUGAUAAUCAGCUCUUGGUCUGGAACCAGCAGUCUCAGCAACCGGCUUUGAGACUGACAGAGCACACAGCUGCAGUCAAGGCCAUUGCUUGGUCACCCCACCAGAGUGGCCUUCUUGCAUCUGGAGGCGGAACUGCUGACAGAUGUAUUCGGUUCUGGAACACUACAAACGGCCACCAAUUGAACAGCAUCGACACAGGAAGCCAGGUCUGCAAUCUUGCAUGGAGUAAGAAUGUCAAUGAGAUAGUCAGCACUCAUGGGUAUUCCCAGAAUCAAAUUAUGGUGUGGAAGUAUCCAUCCAUGGGAAAGGUUGCCAAUCUAACCGGUCAUAGCAUGCGAGUUUUGUACCUUGCAAUGUCACCGGAUGGUCAGACAAUAGUCACUGGUGCCGGGGAUGAGACUCUAAGAUUCUGGAACGUCUUUCCAUCUGUGAAGACACAUACGUCAGUGAAGGAUACCGGUCUUUGGUCACUAGGACGAACUCAGAUUCGAUGAUUCUCUCUUGCACAUACACAUGAAGCGAUAUCUUGUAAAUGGAGAUACUCUUAUUCUUUCCGGUCAGAAGAAUACUGUAAUUUAUCAGUAGUGAAAGGCACAAAUUUACUUCUUUUUCUUUGGUUCUUGUUAAUCCCACACGAAGUUUUGAAGUUUGUAAAGUGGUAUCUGGUGUGCCAUGCAAACCCUAACGAUUAAGAAAUUCAAAUAUAUACAUUUUCAGUGUUCA